AUGGGGGCUUCCAACCUUGUCGUUUCGCGCGUCUCUCUUACAUCUGAAGGGGAAUGGGAUGAGCUCAUUGCUGGCUACUGGGCUUCCUGGCUGGACCCGUUCCAGGCUACAGGAGAGCUCACUUUCGCUCAUUUAGGCACAAGAAGUCCGGCAGAACAGAAAGCAUUUUCGAAGGUCAAGAAUGAUCUAUUGAACCAAGCACGAUCAGAUCCAGAUAACACAGUAUGGCUCAAAUGUGUCGAUGUCCAACUUAAGCGUAUUAUUGGCGGUGGGAUGUACAAGAUCUAUCGGUCCAAUCCCUAUAGAGCAGGCGCACCCACACCCGUCGCUGACUGGUUCCCCGAUGGGAGCGAGAAACGGGCUCUCGCAGAGGCGAUGUACAGACAGCUAUGGGCGUGGAGAGCCAAAUUGAUGACGGAAAAACAUUUCUGUGGCUGCGCACUUUGGACCCUGCCAGAAUAUCGCUAUCAAGGGGCUGCAGGCCUUAUACUCGAACGAUUUGUGCGGCAUGCGGACGAGUUCCAAAUGGAAGCAUACUUGGAGGGGUCCGAGAUGGCUGUCCGCCUCUAUGAGCAGUACGGAUUCACCGUUGUGUCUGAGGCAAAACUAUAUUUCGAACCCCCAGAUGGGACAGCAGGCAGUGCGGAUUGGUGGCGGCUUGUUCAUAACCUACAGUCUCAUCCCGUCAGUAUUAUGUGGAGACCAGUAGGUGGGCAGCAGGGAUUGAAGUAUCCAUGGGAAAAGGAUGGUCCGCAGUCAAGAUUGUAG